AUGAUAAGUUUUAGUUGGAACGUUUUAUAGCUAAUCCUAGUUUCAAUCAUAAUUCUUGUGACUUCAUCUUUGAUUUAGCAAUAUUAAGAUGAUUUAGUAUAAAAAUUUAAUGAUUCCAUUCCUAAUUUAAUUCAGGAAGCUGUUUCUUCUGGCUAAGGCAAAGCUAGUUAGCUUGAAACUAUUUCAAAAUUGAUUAACUCUUACAAAUAAAUUUUAGAAAAUGCAUUUGGAAAAACAGAUGAAUCUUAUAAUCAAGUUCGUAAAAAUUAGAAUUUAGCAUUUGGAUAUGUGGCAGAUUUAGAUAUUUAUGUAGACGCAAUUGAAUUAAUGAAAUAAUUAGGAUUUAACUAAUUUUAAUAACCUCAUUUUCAUGAUAGUUUGCUAAAUAAAUAAGAAGUUGGAGAGACAUUCUCUUACUACUUUGAAAAAGGUGCAGGAAGCGAAUUAUUUGUUCAAAAUAAAUAGCUUUUCGAUGAGAUAGUAGAUAUCUCUAAAAAGAUUUAGAAAAAAGAUGGUUUAGGAGGAAAUGCAUCUACUAUGGCAGCAAGGGCAUUCAAAGAAGGAACAAAAGUUAUUUUAGGCCACGCUAUGAAUAAAAAAUUUUACAAAGAAAUUUUUUAGGAAAAAGCAAUAUUAGUUGAAGAACUUUCCGAAAUUAAAGAUGUGCAUUUAGUACUAGAUUAUUAUAAAGACGAAACUUGGGGAGGUAAAGCAACACCUCGCUCUAAUAGAAUGUAUCUUAAUCACGAUAUUGAAAAUUCUCAGCUUUCAUAUAUGGAUAGAUUGCAUGAAUUUAUUAGAAAAACUCCAAAUCUCAGAUUAGAUAUCCUUGGCUUAGGAGGAUUUUAACUUCUGAAUCAUAGAAACGCUACAGAAAUUUCUUAUUUAAUGAAGAAGCUAGGUAAAGAAUUACUUGAAAUGAGAAUGUAUGGACCUAAAAUUCACAUGGAAAUGGGCACUUUUACUGAUGAUCAUUUGCUUUCUGAGCUUAUUAAACACCCCCUUCUAUAAACAGAUUCUAUUGGGCUUAAUGAAUAAGAACUCAAGAAUCUGAUAUAGUAUUUAGAAAAUCAGCACUUUAUUGAGGCUGUAUCAUCUGAAUUUGAGCUUAACCAAGCUUUGCAUGAUGUGUUAAAAUUAGUAAGUCUAUUUCACAAGUAUAAAUUUAAGAUUAAUCGUGUUCACUAUCACACUAUUAAUCUAUAAAUGAUUUGCAGUAACGUUAAUGAAUGGGAAUCUAGUCGACUUGCUUUAGUAAAAUCAAUAACAGUAGCGCUUUAAGAGAGUGAAAAUAAAGAAAGAAGCUUCUUUGAUUUUGAACCUUAAAAACUAAAAAUUUCAGUUCCAGAACAAAUUAUUCUUCCUUUCUUCGAUGACACUUUUAACAUUAUCUAAAGUGAUUAAGGAUAAAAAUCUAUUGAAUUUAAUCCAGAAGAUCCUGUUUCAUGCUGGAAUCCUCAUAAAUCUAUAGAGUGUUGUGUUGCUCCUAAUAUUUAGGUUAUACAUCCUUAAAAGACAUGCGGUUUAGGUGAUAAUAUCUCAUCUACUGGUCUUGUUUAUCACAAAGUUAUUUCAAAACAAUGA